GGGACACUUAUAAGGAUCGUUCCCGCCCAAAUCCCAACUAUAAAUAGCAAUAACUGCUCGCAGACUCAGUUCGUUCUCACUCACCCUUCAAUCUACUCUCUAUCUGUUCUGCUGCAAGUGAAAUGGAACCUUCGAAAGCAAUAGUAGUGGCAGCUUCGUCUCCUUCAGAAACCCUUGCUCUUCCUCCUGCAGAGUCUGAUUCUCGGCUUUCAAAUCUGAUCUGUGAUGUCUCACAACAGGUGCAAACAGCAAUGGGGAACAUGCUUAAAAUGAUACAAGAAAUAGAUCAUACCUCAUCUGGAAUCAUGGAAGAGAUAGAGAACUGCAAAGAGUCUGCCAUGGAGAAGAGGAAAGUCUUAGAGGAAGAGAAAGAAAGUUUCCAGAAAGCUGCCUACUCUGUCUUGGAAAUGCUCAACAACAGAUAGAUUCGUUAAAAUCUUGAAGGAAUUAAUAGAAUCAAGGAGCAGCCUUCUGUCAUAUAUCUGCAGAUACUACAUUUAGUUGACUAGAUAUUUUCUCAUUUCCACUGGAGAUACACUACAAAAUGGAAUGUGAACCAUUCGAAUCCAUAUUUUUUUCCUCUAGACUUGUACAAGAUCAAGGUACUUGGGUUGCUGAUUUGGCCCAAAUCGGCUACAUUCGUGCACCCAACAUUGUCAAUAUCCCUAAACAUAAUGUCUUGGACCCAAAUUUUUUUGUAAUGGUACUGAUAAUUGCAAGAACAGCUUAGUUGAAAACUCCA